AGUUCACAUGAUCACUGUAGGAGCGUGACGUUGAGGAGGAGACGCCAUUAGACGGCGAGAAAGAGUCAGUGAGAAUAUUGUCAGCCAGCUGUCCGAGUCGUAUUAUUGACGUCGUUCGGAGGGAUUACUUUCCCUGAUUUGUCUUCGCAUACAUCAAUUUUAUCAAUUGCAUUAACUUAUAUGACCUGCAUGCUACAAUUCUAGCGGGCUACGUUUGUUCCUGAGGACGGAUUUCGCGAUGGCGGCCAGUGGAGCGGGAGGCGGUAGCAAAACCUUUUCUUUCAAGGUGGUUUUGUUGGGCGAGGGCUGUGUUGGGAAAACGUCACUUGUCCUGCGAUAUUGCGAAAACAAAUUCAACGACAAACAUAUCACCACACUGCAGGCAUCCUUCCUUACAAAGAAGUUAAACAUCGGAGGCAAAAGAGUGAAUCUCGCAAUAUGGGACACGGCCGGGCAGGAGAGGUUCCACGCUCUGGGGCCCAUCUACUACAGAGACUCCAACGGAGCCAUUUUAGUGUAUGAUGUCACCGAUGAGGACUCCUUCCAGAAGGUGAAAAACUGGGUGAAAGAAUUAAGAAAAAUGUUGGGAAAUGAGAUAUGUUUAUGUAUAGUUGGUAACAAAAUAGACCUGGAAAAGGAUAGAAAUGUUUCAGUGCAAGAAGCAGAACAGUACGCAGAGUCCGUUGGGGCGAAACACUACCAUACGUCGGCCAAAUUAAACAAAGGAAUCGAAGAGAUGUUUCUGGACCUCUGUAAAAGAAUGAUGGAAACGGCGCAGGCGGACGAGCGGGCGAGGGGCAACGGCGCCAGCCAAUCGGGCGCGUCCAGGCGGGGGGUGCAGAUCGUCGACGAUGAGCCGCAGGCCGCCGCGGCGGGGGGGUGCUGCUCGUCUGCCUAGGAAACCGCCCCCCCCCCCCACCCAACCCAACCCAAC